GUCCUCUGGGCCCAGCGAUCCUCCGUCGCCGACGCCUCCAAGAACUUCAUCUACCUUACCAUCUCUGUCCCUGAUGUGCCCAAGGACAGCCUCACUCUCGACCUCCAGCCUACUAAGCUCAACUUCACCGGCACCUCAUCCACUCUCAAGAAGAAGUACCAUGUCGAGCUCGAGUUCUGGGGCGAGAUCGACCCCGCCGAGAGCAAGAUCAACCACACUGCCAAGAACGUUGAGAUAAAGCUGCAAAAGAAGGAGCUCAAGGAGGAGUACUGGCCCAGAUUGCUCAAGGACUCCAAGCGCGUCCACUUCCUCAAGACCGACUUCGACAAGUGGGUUGAUGAGGAUGAGCAGAACGAGGCCCCUGAGGACGACUUCUCUCAAUUCGGUGGCAUGGGUAAGUCGAAUACAAAUCCUAAUUGA